AUGGCUGCUGGAGGUUCAUACUUUUACAAGGGAUCUGACCUGAUUCACGACUACGGUUGUUCCAAGUGUGAGGAAAAUGACCUGAACACUGAAGCCCAGCACUUCUGUCCGGACUGUGAACACUAUCUGUGUGACAAGUGUGAUGGGAUUCAUGGAGAGUAUUUCAAGAAGCAUGUUGUGUACGGGCGUGGAGAGAUACAGAAGUGGGCGGGGUUCUCCAUAGACAAAUGUGACCAGCAUGGCAAAGAGCUGGAGGACCACUGUGAUGACCAUCAGGAAUUGUGCUGCAGUGUAUGUGUGGCCCUAAACCACAGACUGUGUAGCAGUAUCAGUCAUCUGCCUGACCUGGCCAAGGGCUUCCUGCAGACAACAGAGUUUAAGCAGCUGCCAGCUGCAGUGGACAAGAUUAAAAGCAGGCUGUAUAAGCUCACUAAUUCCAGGAUGAAUUAUCAAGCCUCACUGAGGGACUCCUAUGAGAACAUCAUAGUUAUAAUUAAGGCUCUCCGCGACGAAAUUAACCAGAUCUUAGACACGCUGGAGGAACGGACAGUUGAACAGUUGGAUAGCAUAAUGAAAGAUUUAGAGAAGUCUAUAAAGGAUGAUUUAGAAAUCUGUUCUUACAUGGACGACCAACUCAGUAUCAUGAUUGAGAAGCUGCAGCAUAUGGCAUACAAAAAGGAGACCAGCUCUUUCAUUGGAUUCAUGAAAUGCCAGUCUAAAUUGAGUGAAGCCAGGUAUUUUGUGGAGGAAAUACGGGGAAAAGAAGGAGUGAAGUAUAAAUCUGAUGAAAGUGUAUUGCAACUUUUGAGAAAAAUGAGCCGCCUUGGCAAUGUUGAACGUGUUCCUUCCAUUUAUGUGGGUACGGCUCAGAGUUCAAGUCAUUUUAACGUUAGGAUAGAGAAGGACAAGAAACAAUGCUAUAUUGCAGGUAUCUGUGAGUUGCCCAGUGGAGAAAUGGUUUUGACUGACUAUACGAAUGACAGAGUGAAGCUACUGAACAGGCAGUUCGAGGUCAUUGCUCACUGUGAUCUGCUUGCUACUCCUGAACACUUGUGUCACACCACAGAUAAUAAUGUAGCUGUAGCUGUUAGUGACAAAAAUGAGGUUCACUUCCUGGCAGUAACCAAAGGGAAGCUUCAAGCAAUGAGAAAAUUCACCAUCCACCAUUACUGUUGCUCAAUCGCGCACCACAAUGGCCAGCUAUAUGUUGGCUCCAUUGAUGGUCUGUACAUGUACAAUAUGGUCGGAAGACUCAUUAAGAAGAUAUAUCAGGACUUUUCUGGUGGUAAGGCUGUGUACAGUUGUGCUAUCUCUGCUUGUGGGGAGAGAAUUUUUGUUACGAACUCUGAUUAUUCUGAGUUAGGAACACUUGAUAAAACAGGCCAAGUAAUUUCUACAAUAAAAGAUCCUGAACUAGAAUAUCCAAUUGCACUAUGUGUCAGCCAAAGUGGUCAUGUGUUUGUGUGUGGGCUGGGGUUUCGCACUGUAAUGCAGGUAGACAAGGAGGGGAGACAUAAGCUGGCCACAGUGGCCAGGGAGGCAGAUGGACUGUAUAACCCUCGGUCAGUAUGGUUUAGUGAACAAACGUCCACCCUCAUUGUUGGGAAUCUUCUGCAGGACAACAUAACUGUUGUCAAGUUGAAUUGAAUGAAAGCAAAUCAGAUUCAGGUAUUAACACCUUGACAGAAGAUGUGAACGAGUGUUUUGAACUUAGUA